AUGGCGGACUCGAUAUCGAGCUCGACCGUGGCGGCGGAUGACCGCGCCAGGAGGGUCCGCGAGCUGCUCUCGGGGUUCUACGGCACCGCGGGUGGACCCCCGUCAAGCUUCCGGCGCGAGCGCGAGGCGCGCGAGAGCGACUAUUCCGAUUUCGACGCCCCCGACGCCUCGCUGCCGAGCUCCCUUCGCAUAUCGCGCGCGGCCACGGCGAGCCGCGCCCCGAGCAGCGCGGCCACGGGCGGUUUGGACUCGCACGUCUUCGACGCGGACCGCUACGUGUCCAGCGUGCUGCGGUCGCUGCGGCUCUCCGACCUGCUCAAGCACCACUCGAACAUAUCGCACGAGCAGCGCGAGCUCGACUCGGCGCUCCAGGCGCUGGUGUACGAGAACUACUCCAAGUUCAUCGACGCGACGGACACCAUCAAGACGAUGGUCGACUCCCUCGGCGGCAUGCAGUCCAACCUCGAGGGCCUCCAGGACUCCAUGGCAUCGAUCCGCGACCUCUCGCAGUCCGUCGACUCCAAGGUCCACGCCUCCCGCACCGACCUCGAGGAGCUCAACCGCAUCAAGAGCAUGAUGGCGCGCCUUCAGGCCCUCCUCGGCCUCCCCGCCCGCAUGCGCGCCGCCCUCGACGCAGCCGACCCCGCCGCGGCCGCCCGACUCUACGUCUCCGCCCUCCCCACGCUCACCGCGUUCGGCCACCAGGGCGCCAUGCGCGCCGCCAGGGCCGAGUGCCGCGCGCUCGAGCCGGAGAUCGGGGCGGCCCUCCGCGCCAGGAUCCUGCAGGGCGGCGAGGCCGCGAGCGAGUCGAUCGAGCUGCUCGAGGCGAUGGGCCACGAGGCGGAGUCGCUCGCGGGGCACUACCUCGCCGCGCUCGACGAGCGCGCGUGCGCGCUGCUCGCCGCGGGGGCCGCGCUGCUCGCGGACUGUGGCGCCGUGGCGGCGGCGGCCGAGGAGCUCGCGCCGUGGGAGGGCGUGGCGGAGCGGAUACCGCGGCCGGAGGAGCUGCUCGCGCUCCUGCGGCACGCGGCGCACGCGUUCGGGCGCAUGUUCCCGGGGCACCGGUCGUCGCUCCACGGCGCGGUGCACGCGCGGGUGGCGCAGGCCGGGGAGCUGCUGCGGGCGGCGCUCGCGGGCGUGACGCCGUCGGGGCCGCUGUCGCGGGAGGUGGUGCUGGGGCGGGGUCUGAAGUCGCCGCGCGACGUGGCUGCGGAGGUGGGCACGGAGGUCUUUUGGACGCAGGCGUCAGGGGAGGUGGCGUGGCGGGCGUCCGAGGUGGCGCACGCGCUGCAGGCGGUGGUGUGCGACCUGCGCGAGGUCGAGGCGGCGGUGCCCUCGUGCGGCGCUGGCGAGGAGGCAGCCGCCGUGGUGUCGGCGACGCUGCGGCACGCCACGGCGCAGUACCUCGCGCUGCCCUGCGACAGCGCGGUCGCCCUGCUGUGGAGCGUCGUCGUCGCCGACGGCCCCGCGGCCGCGCACGACGCCGUGCAGGCGGCGCUCAACGUCUACAGCUAUGGGACUGCCGCCGCCGUCAGCGCGCUCCGGGGCCUGCACGACACGGUGUCCCCGCUCGUGGACGCCGGCGAGCGCUCAGCUCUCGAGGGCCUCGCGCGGGACGCCGCCUCCUACGGCCUGCAGUCGCUGCUGGAGCUCCUCCUGCACACAACGCAGCGCGCGUGCGCCGCCCGGACCGGAGCGGCGUGGCCCGGGUGGCCGGAGGACGCGCCGCCCCCCGUGUUGCCCGAGAGCGCCGCGUUCCGUCCGCUCGGGGCCGCGAGCGAGCGCGCGGGCAGCGAGGCGGUGCCCUUCGGGUGCAGCGACUUGCGUGAGCCGGCGAGGGCGCUCAUGCGGCUGCUGGCGGCUGCGGGGUCGGAGGCGGGGGCGGUGCUGGCGCAGCGCGGCAGCACGCAGCGCUCGAACGCGCCGGUCGUGGACCCCGUGAGCGCGCUCGCGGCGUCGCGGGGGCGCGACAUCGAGCGCGAGGUGGAGAGGAUGUUUCAGGAGGCCGGCGGGGGGGCGUCUGCGCCGCUGGAGGCCACGCGCUCCUCGGUGGUGUGCCACGUCAGUCUGGCGGGGCUCAAGGGCGCGGAGCGGGGGUUCAAGGACGCGGACGGGCCGCGUGGGGAGUGGGCUGCGGCUGCGCUGCAGGUUGACCUGGCCUGCAUCGCGCGCGUGGCGCUGGGCGCGGCGGGGGGCAGUGCGCAGGCGUCCGCGCUCGGGUCCGCGCUGGACGACGCCGCGGCCGCCGGACUGGAGGCGGCGGUGGGCCGCGGGGGCACACCGAGGCUGCUCAGAAAGGACGCCGUCGCGGCAGCGGUCGCGGAGACCGAGGCGGCCGGCACGCGCGUGUGA